UCUUUUCUCUAGGAUUUUUAGAGCACCACAGAAGGUAUUCCAGGUGGACAAAUAACUUCACAAUGGCUGAACUCACAGAGGAGAAUGGCAGCUGUAUGGACUGGCAAAAGCGAUGCCUUGCGUUGGAGUCCCAGCUCUUCAAAUUCCGCUUGCAGGCAAGCAAGAUCCGAGAGCUGUUAGCUGAGAAGAUGCAAGAAUUGGAACAGAGAGUGAUAGAAGCAGAGCAAAGAGCUGAGGAUGCAGAGAAACAGGUCAGAGUUAUGGGAGAGGAGAUAAAACUAGCCAACAUGAAGACUAGUGAAUCAAACAGCACUCUGUACAGGAAAUAUCAAGAGCUCAUGGGUACAGUGCAAAGAAAGGAAGAUGUGAUUAGCAGACUGGAGAUACAGUUAGCAAAACAGAAACAACUGAGGACUGAGGAAGCCAAAAUCAUUCAAGAGAAAGCUGCCAAGAUUAAAGAGUGGGUAACAUUUAAGCUGAAAGAGCUUGAGCUAGAAAAUUACCAUCUGAAAAACUGUAAUCAGAGGUUGACUGAGCAAAUUGAAGCCCUUCAGGACACACUGCAAGAUAUGACCAGCAUUCCUCCUUUGGAGUCUCUUUGGAGCUGUAAUUCUCUGAAGCCCAGAGCAUCACAGGUCUCUUAUCCUGAGAAGAUAGACCAGAAAUCUAGGCUCCUUGCACCUGCUUUCAGACAGGCGUGUCAGACGGGAUUGACCAAACACGUUCUUUCAACAACAAACAUAGUCCUGGCCAGUGAUAACUUUACUGAGGAUGGAGAGGAUAAAUCUCUGCUUUCCCAGAACACACUGAAGCUCUUGGCUGACCCAUCAAGCUGGAAUCUCUCCACAGAGAAAGACACGUUCUCAGCCAUAAGCUCAGAACACAGGCUGGGGUGUUCCGAUCCCAGGUCACUGGACCCUCCGACCGAGCCCACAAAACUCCUAGGGGCUUUGACUUUCCAGUCAUCUUUAGAGAGUAACCAUAGCACUGUGAGCACCUUGAAACAAGUGACUUUGGACAGAGCUAGCUUCCCUGAUGAUUUGAGUGCCAGGUUCCACUCCCACUGUUUAGAUUCUUCUUUCUCAGGAGAAAUAAUGAGCAUCUUUGAGGGCCGUCUUCAAACUGCUGAGCCACCCCUAGUUGUGUCAGCAUCUGCCGUUACAGCAUGUUCCACCUGUCCAGAGAGAGAACGUGGACUUAGCACAAGUAUGACCUUUCCAAAAAUACGAACUCCCAGUAUACCAAGAGACAGUAUCCAACUAGCCAAAAGACAUUACAGUCAACCACAGUCAGGUACUAGUUCUUCCUGUCGUGUAAUGAGCUUCGAGGCUAGCACCUUCCAGCCCAUAAAAGAUUCUCCAGUCUAUCACAGGCCAGUGGAGGAGACAGACAUUGAUGAUGAUGCAGUGCUGGAGAAGAUGGAGACAGAAGCUGGCCUGGUGAGGGAAGAAGCUGGAAUGUGUGAGAUUAACCACUUACCUACAGAACAGAGAGAAGUUGUGAGUUCUAAGGCUGGCGUCCUUGAACCAGGAGGUAAACCUCCCACACCACCUCUGCACAGAUUUCCUUCCUGGGAGAGCCGAAUCUAUGCUGUGGCCAAGUCUGGCAUGAGGAUGUCUGAAGUGGCCACUGUGAAUGACACUCCAAGCUGUUUUUCAAAUUUCUCAUAUUCAGCUUCUGGGCCAUUUACCUGUCUCAUCUAUAGAAACAUCACGGUUCCAGUCUACACUACAUUGAAGGGGAAAGCCACACAGAUCAGCAACGUGCCUUUCUUAGAUGAGUCUUCAGGCUCUGAUGAUGAUUGUGGCUCCCGUGCCAGCUUCAGGAAUUCUGCUGCUGAAUCUGAAAACAGGAAAGCUAGUGUGCCAGGCAGCCCUCGUGCAACAAAAAGAGGUGUUUCUAUGUCCUCAGUGAGCUCUGAAAGUGACUAUGCUGUCCCUCCUGAUGCCUACUCCUUGGAUGGUGACUACUCAGAGCCAGAACACAAGCUACAACGGACAUCAUCAUAUUCCACUGAUGGUGGAAUUUGCACUGAACCCAUUGAGAAAUCAGGUUACUUGCUGAAAAUGGGCAGCCAGGUGAAGAUGUGGAAGAGACGAUGGUUUGUACUAAGAAACAGACAAAUCAUGUACUAUAAGUCUCCGAGUGAUGUUAUCCGCAAACCACAAGGGCAGAUGGAGCUAAAUUCCUCAUGCCAAAUUGUCAGAGGUGAAGGGUCCCAAACAUUCCAGCUCAUGACAGAGAAAAGAACCUACUUCCUGACAGCAGACUCUCCCAACAUCCUGGAGGAAUGGAUUCAUGUCCUACAGAGUAUUCUUAGAGUGCAAGUGACCAGUCCUGUUGGAGUUCCUCACAGUGAUGCUAAACCCACUGUGAAAGGUUGGCUCACUAAGGUCAAGCACGGUCACUCUAAGCUGGUCUGGUGUGCACUGAUUGGAAAAACUUUUUACUACUACCGAAAUCAUGAGGAUAAGUGUCCCUUAGGGCAUCUGCCUAUGCGUGAGUCCAAAGUGGAAGAAGUAGACCGUUCCUGUGACUCUGAUGAAGAUUAUGAAACCACUGGUGGAGGACUUCUUUCAUCCCAUUGCACUUUGGUGAUUCACCCACAAGACCAGAGUCCCACAUAUUUACUCAUUCGCACAAAACAGGAGAAGGAUACCUGGCUGUACCAUCUGACAGUAGCAGCUGGUAGCAGGAAUGCCACAGUGGGCACAUCGUAUGAACAACUCAUUGGAAAACUGUUGGAUGCAGAGGGAGACCCUAAUUCUCCACUAUGGAAACACCCUAUGUUGUGCUACAGUAAAGAUGGGCUGCACAUGUCCCUCACCACUCUGCCAUCUGAGGCUCUGCAGACUGAAGCUCUGAAACUUUUCAAGUCCUGUCAGCUGUUCAUCAAUGUCCCCGUGGAAGCAUCUUCUAUUGAUUACCACGUGUCACUCGCCCAGACAGCACUGCAGGUCUGCUUGACACAUACUGAGCUGCAGAAUGAAAUCUUCUGUCAGCUUGUUAAACAGACGAAUUGCAGACAACCCCAGAACCACUCAGUCAUUCAGUGCUGGCAGCUCCUAGCUUUAUGUGCUCCUCUGUUCCUGCCCCAGCAUCACUUCCUUUGGUAUGUCAAGCAGCACUUGCAGCGCCACGCAGACCCCAGGAGUGAAAUAGGCAAGUAUGCCAUCUACUGCCAGAGAUCAGUGGACCGCACUGUGCAGACUGGUGAACGGGAAGCCAAGCCCUCAAGAAUGGAGAUUGUGUCCAUCCUGCUGAGAAAUCCCUACCAUCACUCACUCCCCUUCAGCAUCCCAGUGCACUUUAUGAAUGGAACCUACCAGGUUGUAGGUUUUGAUGGUUCCUCAACAGUUGAUGAGUUCAUCCACCGGUUGAACCAGGAGACAGGAAUGCGGAAACCAUCCCACAUGGGAUUUUCUCUGUUCACAGAUGAUCCUUCUGGCAGGGAUUUGGAACACUGUCUGCAGGGCAACAUGAAGAUCUGUGACGUCAUUUCUAAAUGGGAACAAGCCUUAAAAGAAUUGCAUCCUGGUAAAUAUGAAGGUGGCACAAGAAUCGUGAAGUUGACCUAUAAGAACAGGCUGUAUUUUCGAAGCCAAGCCAAGGGUGAGACAGACCGGGAGCGGCUGCUGCUGGCCUUCCAAGUCAGCGAUGAAAUAGCCAGUGGAAGGUUUCCAGUUAAUAAAGAAUUAGCUCUGGAAAUGGUUGCUCUGAUGGCUCAGGUGGAAUAUGGGGAUUUGGAUCGGACAGCAUCUUCAAGUCCUGGGGGAACAUCACACUCCAAAAUGCAGCAUCUUCUCCAUCAGGUUUUAGAUAAAUUCUACCCCAAACGCUACAAGAAAAAUAUUGCUCCUGAGUUGCUCAAGCAACUGGUUGACAGGCUGGCAACAAAGUGGAUGGCGCUGCAGGGAUGCUCUCCACCGGAAUGUGUUCGAAUUUAUUUGACAGUGGCCCGCAAAUGGCCUCUCUUUGGAACCAAACUAUUUGCUGCUAAGCCUAUUUUGCCUUCCUCAUUAGAAGACUGUCCAGUCUGGAUAGCUGUGAAUGAAGAUGGUAUCAGCGUACUGGAUUAUAACACUAUGCACCUGAAGUUCUCUUACUCAUACUCUUCCGUGCUGACCUUUGGAGGCUGUCGAGAUGACUUCAUGAUUGUAGUCAGUCAAAUAAAAGAAAGGAGUUCUGGAAAAAACAGCACAGAAAAACUCCUUUUCACAAUGGCAAUUCCAAAGAUUGUUGAAGCAACACUUCUUAUUGCCACCUAUAUUAACUCCCGGUUGACAACUCCGCUCCUACCCUCCGCACAGCCCUCCCGCAGCACAACACCUGCCAACAGGCUCUGGGAGACUGAAAGUCGGUGUUUUUUCCCUUCCAUGCCCCGAAGCACUAAGGGGCCCACCCUGCUCUGAGGGCUCAUUCCUAUUUGGGAAUUUUUUAUUUGUGGGGUUGCAGUUCGCUGUUGCUUUCCCCACUGCUCUGUACCAAAUUGCAGACUGCUACAAUUUUGCCACUUAACACACCUUCUUUUAAUGAGGGCCCUGGUUCUUUUUGCUGCAAGUAUUCUUCCAUCUCCCGAGCUUACAGCUUUGUUUACAAGCACACGCUUUCUUUAAUCCUUCCCAUUUUCAGCUUUGCACCUGCUUUUAAAUCACUGCACUGCACCCUACAUCUGGAACUCAGCCUAGUUUUUCAACUCCUACUGAUUUCUUGUCCUCAUCAGUCCCUUUUGAUUAUUCCCAUUAUUUCCAAUAAUCUUCUGUUUACAUCAAUCACUGACUCGCUCACUCUUUACCUGAAACAGACUGCAGCCUCUGCAGGGCAGGUUUGAGUGGUGCGUAAGCUUGAAUUUGACAGAAGUGGACUGAGCACACAGUCUCAAUAAAAUUAGACAGGUGGUUCUGGAUACUGUGCCACAAGCCAAGUAUAAGGAUGCAUCCUGCUGAACACUGCCUGCAUAAGGAGCAGCAUAUCACUUCCUCAUAAACUAGAUAGACACUGACAGGCUAUUACCAGAGUGUAAAGAUUAAUAUGAUGUAGUUUGAUCAAAUAGUUUAGACAUAGCUUCAGCUCUGUGCUCUGGUUAUGAAUAGCCAUUGUAUUAAAGUUUUGACCUGUGUUUAAAUUCACUGCUGCUACUCUUGCUAUCAAGAUAGUCCUUUUGAAGAGACUAAGAUAGUUUUUUGUACUUUUGCCACUGAUUAACACAAAAAAGAUAAAUUUAUUUUUUUCCUAAAGCUGCACUGAUUCCUCCCUAAAACUGUUUCCAAAAUUCUAAGACAGAAACUUUCCAAGUCUCUGCCCCAGACACGAAAGAAAAAGAGAUACUGCUGUUGAAAGGGAAUGGGAACUGAACUGACAAGAAGACUUCUGAUGCCAUGUCAGGGGUGAUUUUUAAGACCUGGAAUAGGGAGUAUAGAAUAAGAAUUCAGCGGUACACGAGAAUCUUUUCAACUUUAAUUUUAUGAAGGUUAAAACCUGAUGUCCUUCCACGUUGAGGACUCAGAACAGCUGGGAUUGGACCAGUGUCAGACAAUGCCCUGACUCCUGCAGAAUGGAUGGCUUUUGACACUUGAUGCUGCUCUAUACAACUGAUGAACAUCGGAUCUCUGCUGCAGGGCUGGAAGUGUCACAUGCCCCACA